GUGAGACAUACCUCUUAUCACCGACACACUAAGAGAAUGUCUUACACCAAUUGCCUCAAAAAGCAAGCCCCAAUGGGGCAAAAUCAAGCAGAAUUAAUGAAUCCAGACAAUAUGACUCACGCACCCGUGCGCCAACACGAGAUUAAGAACAAGAAAACCCACCUCAAAACCAUAAAUACAUUGACUGGACCCUGGAUUCCCAACUCAAAUUCCACAAAGACACCACUCAAUUCUCUUCAUGUACUAGACACCUUCCCCUCCGAUAUCUAUCUCUAUAUUGCAAAAACCCCAGGCCCAGACACAGGAAUAGCACCAAAAGAUGUACCCCCCGCCAACCUUCACCAGCCCGCGCCUCCUCUUCGAGGCCAUGACGCCCGACGACCUGGACGCCAUGCAUCAGAUCCGCAACAAGCCCGAGGUCAUGCAAUGGAGCUUGCGCAAACUCCCCGACCAGAACCUCGAAGAAACCCGCACCUGGCUGACGAAGUUCAUCUCGGGGGAGAACAACCACCCGCCUCGGACGUGCUACGUUGUUCGGGAAUUGUUACCAGCUUCCACUACCUCACCCGAGGAAACUCCAGCAGCAGGCCCGGUCAUCGGCAACAUGGGCGUGCGGAUGGAGCCCGCCCCGACCCAGCGGGACGAUCCUGGAUUAACAUCUUCGUCCUCGCAGCAGCAGCAGCAGCAGCAGCAGCAGCAGCAUUCCCCAAGCAAAGACCGCUGGGAACUGGGGUAUAUCUUCCACCCGGACGUGUGGGGCCGGGGGUACGCGACGGAGGCGGUGCAGCACCUCAGCCAGAAGUUCUUCGGGGAACUGCAGGCCCAGAUGACGGAGGCGUUUGGCGCGGAGGCCACGGAGCAUGUCGAGGAGGGGCUGUGGGCGAUCACGAAUCACGACAAUGCGGCCAGUCAGCGGGUGCUGGUGAAGACGGGGUUCGCGGGCCCCGUCGAGGAGUUUGUCGAGGGGGAUGGGACGCGGUGUGUUGUUUUUGUGAAGUAUAAGUGAUAUUAUAUACCCUGAAGUUCCUUGGGGGUAUCUUCCCCCCUGCUAUGUGUCUCUUUCUAUUUUGCUGGGGUUUGGGACUGUGUUUGGACGGUAGAGUGGGAUAGAGAGGUGUAUAUAGAAAUCGUGAGUCUGG